AUGACGGAAAGAAUUGACAACUACCGACCUCUGAAAUCUCAAAACAGUGACUAUAUGCGGAAGUCGGACUUCACACGAUCAGCUGAUAGCACGGACGGACAGCGAUCGGCGUAUGCAAGGGGCGGAUCAGAUCAAGUCAAAAUGACGAGGGAUUAUGAGAAAGCGCAAGCUGGUGGAUAUGCUGCUCACGCCGACGAGGAAGAACACCGUGUAACAAGACCGGAGAUGAAUUACCAUGCCAAGACGGGCGCUAACGUUAGCAAGUUGAAGCACAUGUUUAUGUCGAUGACGGAUGAACCAGCUGCCGCGACUGGUGGUACAAAAGCAACUAUACCUAGUAGCAGGGCUAGGAGUGGUAGUUGGGCUGCAAGUACCCAAGUUGGUCCUGCUGGACCAGUGGAUUCUGUUCAAGAUCGACCAAAGCGUGAUAGUUACCACUCAGCUGAUCCAAAACAGGAGACAAGAGUUGCCAGACACCAUGUACAUGUACAACAAGACACAAACCGUAAUACCACUGUUCAGCAGCAAGGUGAAAAUAAAGCAAGUCCAGAGGAAUUGCCAGUUGAUCUACGUGCCCGCUUUACUAGUGCUAGAGCUUUGUUUGAAAAAGUUACCAAUAGUCCACCAAUGAGGAAGAAAGCUUAUGGUGCCAGCCCCCCAGCCAGUCCCCCAGUUACAAAGAAGCGAUACACUGGAUCAGCAGAUGCGCAGCGGCCACACGAAUUGUUUAAUCGUUCUACUGCAACAAGAAGUGGAUCAUAUGAAAAUUUGAAUCAGUCUAGGCAUCCAAAAAAAGAAGUUGGUCCGGAUUGGAAACCAACCAAACCAGUUACCAUAAUAUCACCUGAUCGGUAUACCAGCAUCACAGGUCUAACAAUAACUGGUGAACCUGUAAAACAAACCGCUCCUAUACAACCACCCCAAGUAGUCUCUACAGACACAACCACUGUCACCCAACCAUCAAGCAAAUCAUAUAUUGAACCAAAAUCAGCAUCCUUGCCUGACAGGUACACGGGUGGUGGUGGUGUUGGCGGCUGGUCUCGUACACCGAAGCAGUCAUCAUAUUCUCCAUCAGAGAUUAUUUCAUUGAAUAAAAAUGACCCGGAUAUUUACCCAGACUUUGACGAUGACUCUAGUUCCAUGAGUAAAGAUGAUACUUCAACUCCGGAUACAUCACCAAGCCGCAAACCGGGUCCACGGAUUGAUGCUUCUCAGGUUAUUGCAAGUCAUUUGCAUAUUUCGGAAUCCAGUGCAACCUCUUCAUCAGAUUCCUCUCCAGCUCACAAACCCCAAGCGGUGACUACAUACGUACCCAGAGACGCCCAGGGAGUACAGAAGCGCAGUUACGUACAAGUGCCUGAUUUGCCGCCAACUCCACCGGAUGAUAUGGAUGUUGGACCAUCUAUGCCGACGGAGAAUAGAGCAUCAGUGGAGUGUUUAGUGAAAAGAUUUCAAGGAAGUACAGAAAGUCUAGAGGAACCAGGUCCAAGUGGAUCGGAAGUGACUGAACAUUAUAUAGUUGUUAGAGAAAGUGACACACUUGAGUCAAAAAGAGAAAUAUCUAAUGCAUCUGAAGCUAUUAUCUUACGAGACAAUAGACCUGAGAUUCCAUUAUCUCCUGUGGGGGGCAGUGAUAUUGAUUUGAAAGUGAGGAGAAAGUCGCUGGAAGAGGAGAUGCAUGUCCCAAAAGAUACAUAUCAAACGGCCGAUGCUGGGAUGCGCUUUCCCAGAUCUGAUCCUUUCACUGAGGAGGUUGUGUCUCACGGUGUAAGGAGACCCAGUUAUUCAUCGGAUGAGGAGCAAAGUGAUGCAGCAUCUGAUUCCGCAGAGCCGAGUCGUAGCAGCAAUGAAGAGUCAUUUGACGAGGAGGAUAAUGGGAAGAUAGAGGAUGAUUCACUGUUUCAGGAGGCUGAUGCAUUGGCAUAUCUUAAAUACGAAGAUGAGAUAGAAGGUUUGCCAGUGGAUGUUUAUAAAGACCGAAAAGUUCAGUUCAGUCACAGUCCGAUUAGGGUAUAUGCCACUUAUGCAAUUGAAGACUAUGAUCGAAGAAAUGAUGAUGUUGAUCCUGUGGCAGCGUCUGCCGAGUACGAACUUGAAAAGCGCGUGGACCGCAUGGAUGUCUUCCCUGUUGAAUUGGAAAAGGGUCAGGAAGGGUUGGGUCUUAGUAUUAUAGGGAUGGGGGUGGGAGCUGAUGCUGGGUUGGAGAAACUGGGAAUUUUUAUCAAGACAAUUACUGAAAAUGGUGCUGCUUUCAAAGACAAUAGGAUUCAAGUGAAUGACCAAAUUAUUGAAGUGGACGGUAAAAGUCUUGUUGGUGUCACACAAAGUUAUGCUGCUCAGGUUCUUAAGAAUACAAGUGGCAAAGUGAGGUUUUUGAUUGGUAGGGAAAAAGUGCAAGAUGGCACCAGUGAAGUAGCCAGACUUAUCCAGCAAUCAAUUAAACAAGAACAAGUUGCAUACAGAAGAGGAGAGGAACCUGAGUCUGUGGUAAAGCUGCAUUCCCCUGAAGCGUCUUCCGAUGAUGAACAGUUCGUCCAAGAAACAUUUGAGCUUGACGAGAGUAGCGGCAGUGCCUGUAGCAGUGGUGUACUCUCCCCACAGGAAGACGACAUUCACGCUUUAAGGGUGCGCUUAAAAGAAGAACAGUACAAGAACGCAGUUAAUGAGGCUGAGAUGGCUAAGCUUAAAAUUCAGCUUCUUCAUAUGCAACAGCGAGAGGAAGAACAAUUUACUUCCAAAUCAGUGAGUAGUGAAUCCUUUGAUUUAUUGGUGAGGUAG